AUGAAUUUUCUUCAAGAUAUUGAUAUUGAAGAAAGACAAGAACUCACUGAUCUUAAGGAAAUACGUGAGGUAUUUUACGCCGUAAAAGAUCCUGGACCAUAUUCAUCGGAUGAAAACAUAAUAAAAGCUGUCGACGAAUGGAUCAAUUCCAAAGAAACAACGCGAAAAAAAGUAUUUCAAUUACUUGGUAAUAAGAUGGAUGAUCCUAGCUACGCAUGUAUACUGGGACUUUUUCAUCAUUACGGUAUUGGUGUCCAAAUAGACCGUUCGAUGGCAUUUACCUGUUAUCGAUUUGCUGCUGAAUCUAAGUCCGACAACAAUGCAUUUGCGCAAAAUCAACUAGGCUAUUGCUAUCGUGAUGGUCUCGGUACGAUAAACAAUAGUGAAAAAGCAUUUGAAUGCUUCAAAAAAUCAGCAGAAGGAGGCCACAUGUGUGGAAUGCGGACUCUGGCGGAUCACUAUUAUAAUGGGUGGAAUUGGGGCUAUGGAACUCGACGUGACCUGCAUGAAGCUUUAUAUUGGGCAAAAAAAGACCAAGAUGGGUCUACUCUUUGGCUUUUGCCGACUGACUAA